GCAGAGCGCGCAGGCGCGGAAUCUCCUGUCAGCACUGACGGACUCCGAUAAAAUGGCGUCGACCUAGAAGACACCUGUGAUAGAGGAGUCCGUGAAGUAUGUGACGGGUCAUGUCCUUACGAAUCCCCCCAGCGGCUCUCAGCCUCAAACAGUUCCUGGUCAGGCAGCAGGUGCUGGGUCUCUACAGAAGGAUCCUCCGCGCUGUGCGUCACAUCCCCGACCCUGCAGACCGCAGCUACAUGAGGGACUGGGCCAGGGGGGAGUUCAAGAGGAACAAGACGGCCAGUGAUGAGAUCACCAUACGGAUGAUGAUAACGCAGGGUGAACGGCAGGUGCAGACGAUGGAGCAAUCUCUACAGCUGGCCAAGUCUUAGAUCAUCGGUGCGAUACUGCGAGAGCCACCAUCAUAUGGGAGACAUCACCGAGCAGAUAACAGACUCUUCCCUGCGAUGACCCCGCAUGUGUGGACCUUGCCUUGACCUGUAUGUACUCGUGCCUCACCAGUGCCGACAUGUCACCUACCUGUCCACACAUGAACAUGUCCUCCAGAUCCUUCUCCUGUGCUUCUUUCCUCCAGACGUAAAGCUUCUGCUGCCGAGAGAUGUUUUAUUUUGUUUGUUUCCUUGCAUUGUCAUCAUCCUUGUAGCAGGGAUAAGUUUAUACAUUAUUUUGUACGUC